AUGAAACCUCAUUAUAUGCAAACCCCUGGAGGAUACUGGACAGAGAUGUCACCAGCUCUGAAAAUUAAUAUAUUGGUGUUUCUACUGACCGGUUGUCAGAGGAUGACGAUCGCUCUGUUCUUCCUCACUAGUCUUCAGCUACUUGUUGCCUCAGUGACAUGUGACCAGAUUAACUUCUACAAUGUCAGACCACCUGUGGAUGCUACCCCAUAUCCCAAGAGCUUCAAGUGCUUUACAUGUGAACAAGCUUCAGACAACUACAACUGUAAUCGCUGGGCAGAGGAUAAGUGGUGUGCACAGGAUACUCAGUACUGUAUGGUCAUACAUCACUUUAACCACCACGGGAGGACAAAGUUUGUGACUAAACGGUGCGCAACGCAGAAGGACUGUCAGCGAGUGGGCUGCCGACAUCACAGAGAUAACCACCACAUUGAAUGUAUUUCCUGCUGUGAGGGGAUGGCUUGUAAUGUGGAAGUCCCUACUAACCACAGUAAUGCCGUGUUUGCAAUGAGGAGGGCAUCCAGUGCCGCAGCGCCCACUGCCAGGACGUGGACUGCUGUGUCUCUACUCUCUUUUUUACUCUUAGGAAUAUUCCCUCUGUGA